AUUUUCUCCUCUGUUGACCCUUGGAAGGUCACCUGGAUCGAUUUGGGAAACAAAAAAAACAAAAAAAAAAUGUCCUCAGUGAUAUGAGUGAACAAACGUUGGAAUUGAUGAUUGUGGAGUGGAAAUUAGGAGGAUUUGUGAAGAGGAGAACCUAAGAAGAGGAGGAGGAGGAGGAGGAGCAAGCAACAGAAGGAAAAAAAAGAAGAGAGGAGAGGCAUGGGCCGCUUUUCUGUGUGGAUCUUUCUGCUGCAUCUGUCUUUGUCUCAUCGAAGUGUUGCAGCACAAGCUGAAGCUUGCAGGACUGUGGUGCAGGCAGACAUAGUGUUUCUAUUGGAUGAGUCAUGGACUGUGGGCCAGACCAGUUUUUCCAAAGCCAAGGACUUCAUCUUGGCUAUAAUGUCCGCCUUUCAAGACAACGUUAUAGGAACUGACGGCGUGCGCUUUGGAGUCACCGUCUUUGGAGAUAUUCCAAGGAUGCAGGUUGCUUUGACAGACUACAGUUCACUUCAGGACGUGCUCCGUGCUGUCAGAGACCUCCCCUACGAGGGCGGAUCCAGGAGGACUGGCCAAGCCCUCAAGUUUCUCGUCGACUCUGUGUUCAGCCCUGCCAUCAGUCGGGAUUUUGCCCCAAAGAUUGCAAUUUUGAUCACAAAUGGGCGCUCAGAGGACCCGGUUGACCCUGCAGCCAGAGCGGUUGCAGACAAUGGGAUCACACUGUUUGCAGUUGGAGUCAGAGAAGCUGAUGAACCAGAGUUAAAAGGAAUCGUGUCCGAGCCUCACGAGGAGCAUCUAUUGUUAAGCGCCGAUUUCUCCGUCCUGGAAACUGUCCUUCCAAAACUCUCCCGCAGGCUUUGUUUUACAGCCUCCGAACCACCUCGACCUGUAAAAACCGCUCAGCCAAGUGAGGAGCGUGUGGUAGGUCCCAGAGACCUGCAGGUUAGCGAGCUGGCGUACAACUCCCUCAGGCUUACCUGGAGCCCGGCCACAGGUGAUGUGACUGGAUAUCGCCUCAUGGUGUCCCCCCUCGAUGCCCGGGGACUCCCUGAACCUCUUCAGCAGAGACAGAUGGACCUGAAGGCGGAUGUGAGCACAGCCGUGGUGACAGGGCUGAGUCCCAAGACCGACUACUCCCUGACCCUCUAUGCCAUCUACCCAAACCUGAUCGGGGAGCCCGCAACCAUCACAGUGAAAACUAACCCCUUACCUAAAGUGUCAAACUUCCGCGUUAUCGAGGAAGGUCUGUUCUCUCUUCGCCUCGGCUGGACUCCUCCUCUGGGGCAGCUCAGUGGCUUCAAACUCUUCAUCCCCAGAUCCAACCGGCCUGGAUUAACUUAUGAGCAGCUGCUUCCUGGAGACGCCUUCUCUCAUGUGAUCGAUGGCCUGGAGGAGGAUAAGAAGUACACCAUCAGUAUUUAUGCCGUUUAUUCAGACGGACCAAGCGAACCCGUCUCAUUAGUGGGAAAGACAUUAAAGCUAGUGCCGGUUCAGCAGUUCCUGGUCCAAAACGCCACCACGGACACAGUCCAAGCUAGGUGGGCAUCAGUCAGAGGGGCUUCAGGAUACAGACUGACAUGGGCAUCUGCAGAUGGGCACAUAGAGAACAUCAACCUCGGGGACAACUUUAACUUCUACAUGAUCCAGGGCCUCCACCCGGGCUCUGACUACACCGUCACCAUCAACCCCAUUUUUGGGGACAUAGAGGGCCCCGUUACCACCGUCAAAGUCACCACAUUGGAAAGCAGCGCUGUUCAGAGUCUGAAAGUGUCUGCUGUGAGCACAAGUUCGGCUGUGGUUUCCUGGAACAGCGUCCCAGGGGCCACUGGAUACAGGCUGGCAUGGGGACCCACCCCAGAGUUUGUUGGUCGAGAUCGUCCCAGACAGUUGGCUCUGAACAGCAGCACCACAGAGUACCAGCUGAAGAACGUAGCUCAUGACACAGAGUACGUCCUGACUCUGUAUGUGCUGUUCGGCUCAGCCGUUGGACCCGGCAUCUCUGCUACCUUCAGGACUUCUCCUUUAGGUUACGUGUCCAACUUCAAGGUUACAUCCUACACCAGCACAUCCAUCGAUGUGGAAUGGAGUCCCAUUGUUGGGGCAACAGAGUACAAGCUCUCCUGGAUGACAGAAAACAUCAAACCCCAGUUUCAGUAUCUGGAUCGUAGCAUCCUCUUCCACAGAAUCAAAGAGCUCAACCCGCGCUCUGCUUACACAAUCACCAUCUGUGCGGUGUACGGCAACUCGGAGGGACCAGAAAUUUCCUUGUCGCAGCUCACAGCUGCAGUUUCCGACUCAGAUCUAAUCCAGGCGGUGAGGGAGGUGAAAGUAGUUGACAUUGGAGUCAAUUCUUUCACGUUGUCCUGGAAGAAGGUUUCAGGGGUUUCUGGGUACAAGAUUUCCUGGAUUCCCUUCCUUGGAGGGAAGCAGAGGUCCCAAACUGUAUCUGCUGCUUCCACAUCCUUUACCAUCCAAAACCUGCAGGAAAGUUCCGCCUAUAAGAUCCAGAUUUCCCCUGUGGUGGGCAGCAGAGAGGGAAGCCCGGUUCUGGUCACCGCACGCACCUUGGACCUUCCAAAAGUGGAGGGAUUUGCUGCCUUAAACACAACAGACAGCAGCACUAUUCUAAACUGGACCCGCGUGGCCAGCGUCUCUGGAUACAUUCUCUCCUGGAGGCACAUCUCAGUGCUGGAUACAAAAACAGAAACGCUGGGUCCUGGCUUCACCUCCUACAAGAUCGAUGAUCUCCUGUACGGAAGAACUUACAUUUUUACCAUCAGGCCUUUGUAUGGAGAAGUGCGCGGGCCAAUAAGCACCAUAUUCCAAAGAAUACUGGGGCCGGACAAUCCUGUUCGGACCGACCCGUCUGUACCGACCUCAGCACCUCCGAUCUAUGCACAAAUCACAACCGGAUCCCCAAGUACCACCAAUGCGCCAAUCACUGAAUCAGCCGUCACCGAGCAACCGACCAACGCACCACCAACGAAACCCUUCACCAUCAAGCAGCCGCUAAGAGUCACCAAGGACAAAGUAGCUCCGCCCCCAACACAACAAAAGACCACAGUGAGCGUGAAGAAAACAGCUCCAACACAGCCAGUGUGUGGAAGAUCCAAAGCUGACAUCGUUUUCUUAGUUGAUGAGUCCUCAAGCAUCGGUGUUAACAACUUUAUCAAAAUGAGAGACUUCAUAUUCAGAAUGGCCACGUACUUCCCGGUCAUUGGUCCUCAGGGCACACAGAUCGCCGUGGUUCAUUACAGCGACGAGCCGCGCGUCGAGUUCCGUCUGAGCGACUUCAAAGACAGAAACUCUGUGCUCAGGGCCAUCAGAGGGCUGCGUUACGUGGGAGGCAACACCAAAACAGGAAAAGGCAUCGGAUACGUCCUGCAGGAGCUCUUUCAGGAGUCCUUGGGAAUGAGGCAGAGCGUGGCCCACGUUCUGGUACUCAUCACAGACGGCAAGGCCCAGGAUGACGUGCUGCUGCCCUCCAAAAUUGCACGAGCUUUGGGAGUCAGUGUCCUAGCAGUUGGAGUUUCGAACGCAGACAUCGAAGAGCUGAACAAAAUUGCAGCUCCCACCAGCUACAAAAACAUCUUCUACUCCCCGACCUUUGAUGACUUCCACUCCAUAGAGAGAGAAUUCAUCCACAGCCUCUGCAGUGACCAGCUCCUCUCUGAGUUCCGGUUUGAUGACGAGAUUGUACAAUUAGACACUCCAACUGAAGACCCAGAGGAGCUGGACAAACCUGAGGGUCCCUGCUCCUCCCAGUGUCAGAAAGGCCAAAAAGGAGAAAAGGGAGACGGCUUUGGUAUUGGAGGUUUGAAAUUUAGGCAAAGUCCCGGACAGUACGACCCAUUCACAUCUUCUAAAGGAGAAAAAGGCGAAAGGGGACCCACUGGAACAGAUGGCGUUCCUGGAUUACCAGGCCGACCUGGGAGAACCGGACCCCCAGGUUCUGCCGGCCUGCGGGGCCCUUCAGGAAUUCCGGGGGAUACGGGUCCUCCUGGACUGCCCGGUCCAAAGGGACAGAGAGGAGAAAGAGGAGAGCCCGGAUAUGUUAUAGCUGGUACUGAUGCAAACUAUGUACCUGGGCGAAAAGGAGAACCUGGAUCUUCGGGCCCCCAAGGACCACCUGGUGUGCCAGGAGUCAAUGGAGCUCCAGGCUUGCCCGGGCAACCAGGACCAUCAGGGCCACCAGGAUUAUCUGUCAAGGGAGAUCCUGGAGACCCCGGGGAAAAAGGCUUAAGGGGGAAGCCGGGCAUGAAAGGAGACAAAGGAGAACCAGGAAUAGAUGGAAUUGCAGGUUUGCCUGGUCCCAUUGGUAUCGAUGGGGUUCCAGGAUUACAAGGUCAGAAGGGAGACAAGGGUGAAAAGGGAAUUGGGAUACAAGGUGUUCAAGGUCUGCAUGGAGAGCCAGGAGAAAAGGGGGAUGUUGGCUUAACAGGACCAGUUGGCCCAAAGGGUGAGCGGGGAGACCAAGGCAUCCAGGGCAUUCCUGGACCUCGGGGUAAAAGGGGACUCAAAGGAGACCAAGGUGAAAAGGGAAAUCAAGGAGACUCUGGACCUGCAGGACUACCAGGAAUUGAGGGACCAAUGGGACCGAUUGGGCUUAAAGGAGAUCAAGGUCCAACAGGAGUCCCUGGGGAUCCUGCCAAGGGUAUAAUCGGUCCAAUUGGAAAAAAGGGGGCCAGGGGAGACAUCGGUCCGGUUGGGCCUACAGGACCUCAGGGAGUGAAAGGAGUGAAAGGAGACAAAGGAGAAAAGGGAAGUCCUGGUUUUGGGAUUCCAGGUCAGCAGGGGCCAAAAGGAGAAAGUGGAGAGAGGGGAAACGUUGGCUUAUCAGGAAAACCAGGACCAAAGGGAAAAGACGGAGUCAAAGGUGACAAAGGCAGUAUCGGUUUACCUGGCAAAUCUGGAGAACCAGGAUUAAGAGGUAAAGAUGGAGCACCUGGCAGGGAGGGAACUCAAGGAUUUAAGGGAGAUCAAGGACCACCUGGAGAGCCUGGUGAAAGAGGAAUACGGGGUCCACUGGGGUUACCGGGGCGACCUGGGGAACGUGGUGACAAAGGUGACCCUGGAAAUCCCGGUUUACCGGGUGCUGAUGGGAAAAAGGGAGAUACAGGCGAGCCGGGGAAACCUGGGCCUCCUGGAACACAAAUCUUUGCAGACAGCAGCAUGUCGACCAGAAUCAUCAAGGGAGAGCCGGGAGAGCCUGGUCAGCCUGGUUCCAAAGGAGAAAUGGGUCUUCCUGGGCAAAGAGGUCCAGAAGGAAGGCCGGGAUUACCAGGAAUACCUGCAGGCGGUUCUGGAAAAGAUGGAGUUGACGGUGUACCGGGAAAACCAGGAGCAAAGGGUGAAAAGGGUCAAAAAGGAGAGUCUGGACCAAGAGGAGAAAAGGGAGAUCACGGUGGGGCUGGAAUCACUGGUAUGCCUGGAAUACCAGGAGCUCCAGGGAAACCUGGUGUUGAUGGGAAGAGAGGUCUACCAGGAGUCAAUGGGGAAAAGGGAAUUAAAGGAGAUGAAGGAAAAAAGGGGGACAAGGGAGAAGCAGGUGCAAAUGGUAAAGACGGAAGCAAGGGGGAACCCGGACUUCCAGGUUUACCUGGUAGCCAAGUGCUUAUUACUCCUGAGGGAGCCACGAUCGAUGAAAUCCGCAAAGCUUUUCCAAUCCCGAUGGGUCCUCCGGGCGCCACUGGAGCACCAGGAAUGAAGGGAGAGAAAGGAGAAAGAGGGGAGAAGGGUGAUGCUGGAGCUCAUGGAAAAUCUCUCGAAAUGAAGGACAUCGAAGAAAUGUUUGAAGCUUAUGGAAUAAGGCUGCCUUUGCUGAAGGCGUUGAUUGACAGGUUGCUGCAGGAUGGCAUAGAGGAGCUGCUUCACGUGCUCAUCCCCUCCAAGAAAACCAAAGAGAAGGAAACGCACACCUCCAACGUCAUCUCUGACUACACUAGAGCAGUGAAGUUCGAUCUCACCAACCAGCCGCUGUCAGAGUUGGAGAACAAUGGUGGCACUCAUUUGGACGACCAAUCAGCAGAGCAUCUGUUGACAGAACCAUUGAAUGGAACCUUAGAGGCUCCGACCUCCUGGACCGGCGUCACCGCAGACAUACAACAAAGGACUAAAACUGACACCAAGCUAAAUGGAUCCAAAGAGAAAGAACCGGAAGACUUGGGAGUGGAUGAAGUAUCUUCACUGAAAACGAAUCAGUCUGUGGUCAAUUCGACUUUUAACUAUACAGCUACGAAUGAGAUGUUUUCAGUGAAAGAGACUCCUCCACUCAAUCAGGAAGAUCCACUAAGGAAGAAUUCCACAGCAAAGAAGAAGAACAGGGAUCGUGGAAAAACAAGUGAAGACAGCAGCCAAGAGGAGGAGGAAGAGUUUUAUAACGGCGAAGAAUAUAUUUAUGAUUAUGAGGAAGAGCUUUCCACCGAUGACCCCCCAUCCUCUCAGGAGGGGGCCGAAAACAAAGAGCUCGAAGUCCAAACACGUGAAUUCCCCCUUUACACGGAUAAAAAGUUUCCCACAAGCACUCCUGGACAGUUUGAGACCUCCAAUCGUCAAGUUUUACUCGGAGAAGCAGACGCACAGAUCAUCCUGACAACCACGGCGCCAUCCAUACAAACCACUGAAGAAAGUGAAAAGGACUAUGUGAUGUUCCCUCUCCCUCCAGUUGCAACAGAAGAACCACACAAGGCUCCUCAUCUGAAUAUAAGGGUGAAAAGAGACACUUCCUGGCCUGAUUCUGUGGUGUUAAUGCCAGGUGCUCCAGGUGGGAGACACCAUUAUAAAGAAGAAUAUAAACGUCUCUCCUCUGGAGCUCGAGGUUACAACAGUUGGAGAAGCACAAUGCAGGCAAAGUUUCAAGGUCGCACCAAUAGGGGCGAGGAAAGACAGGAAUACAGUGACGUAGAGGCAAAAACAACUCCUGAACCGGCUCACGAGGAAGAGGAAAGGAGUGGAGACGACGACUGGGUAACGGAUGAAGAGGAAGACGGGGAUCUAGAGGGGAAACGAGAGCAGGAGAGGUUGGAGAUGGAAAGAGAAAGAGAAGAGCUGGAGAGGGAGGCUGAACUAGAGAAGGAGGUAGAAAAAGAGGAGGAGGAGUGGGAGAGAGGAGGGGAGGAGAUCUACGAUGAAGAAACUGGACAACCAUAUCCCUAUCCGCCACAAUACUUUUUUCUAAAGGGACUACCAGGUGAAAAUGGGCAACCUGGACGAAAGGGGGAAAUUGGUGAAAAGGGACAAAAGGGAGAACCGGGAAUUGGUCUCAGAGGACCAGAGGGCCAAGCGGGUCCACCGGGACAAAAGGGUGAGCCUGGUGAGCCGGGGCCUCCAGGGGCUCAGGGCAUCCAAGGUAUUCACGGUAAUCCGGGUGUCCAGGGCUCUCCUGGGGUUAAGGGACCCCCUGGGGAUCCUGGAGAGCCAGGUAGAGAGGGAGAACGAGGAAAAAAGGGGAAAAAUGGAUCCCAAGGAGCUCCAGGACCUCAAGGUCCCCCAGGACUUGAUGGACUCCCUGGUGUUCCUGGAGCAAAAGGAGAAAAGGGUGACAGCAUCCCAGGUGAACCCGGUGCAAGAGGGAUAGCAGGUCCUCCGGGAAGACGAGGGGAAAAGGGAACUCCUGGUGUUAAAGGGCCCCUCGGUCUUAUCGGUCCUAAAGGCCUACGUGGCAGCAAAGGGGAAAAAGGAGAACAUGGGUUACCAGGAGUUAGAGGAGAAAGAGGCAGUGUGCUUCAGAUCCAAGGACCUCGUGGGUUCAAAGGGUCUAAAGGGGAUGCGGGUGAGCGAGGUCCCCCUGGUUUUGAUGGAGAUAAAGGGGAGAAGGGUGAGGACGGUCCUCCGGGAGUCAAGGGCCUGAAAGGGGAUGCAGGCACCAAAGGGGCGUUGGGACGGUUUGGAGCACGAGGACCAGUGGGUCAAAAAGGAGAACCAGGAGCACCAGGUCUUAAUGGACUGAUGGGGCGUAAUGGAGAAAAUGGAAAGGAUGGAGCCAAAGGGGACAAAGGAGAUUUAGGACUACAAGGCCAAAGAGGAGAUCAGGGGGAACGUGGAGAACCUGGAUUAUCAGGAGAUGAAGGAGAAAAAGGAGAAAAGGGUUUUAGAGGUUUUCCUGGACCUGUCGGGAGUCCCGGUCUAACUGGAGAAAAGGGAGAUACAGGCGUACCUGGAAGCCCAGGCAUACCGGGUCUGAAUGGACUCACAGGGAGAAAGGGUAGUCGAGGAGAAUCGGGGAUCAGUGGGAUUGAUGGUGAUCCAGGACAAAAAGGGGAAAAGGGUGCAACAGGAUUUCCAGGUUUCCCAGGGUUCAAAGGGUCACCGGGAAGUCCCGGCAGGGAUGGAGACAUGGGCCCACCGGGACCAUCAGGUCCUCGCGGAAACAAUGGACCCAAGGGCGAAAGGGGAAGACGAGGCAGAUCUAAACAGUGUCAGAGGGGAACGCCGGGGAUGCCAGGACUGAGAGGAGAAAUGGGGACAAUGGGCACUGAGGGAGAAAAAGGUGAAAAAGGAGAACCUGGACUAUCUGCAGAAGAAGUGAAGGAGCUUGUUUCCCAGGAGGUGGUAGAAAAGUGCGAUUCUCACGAGGAAGGAAGUGUCGAGUUGGGACAGAAGAAGAGAAGAGGGGUGUUUGGAGCUAAAUCUGCUGUUUCAGAUGCAGACCGCUGUCUAGACCUGAUGUCAGAGGGAGCCUGUUCGGAGUAUGUUCUCCUCUGGUACUUCCACGCUGUGUCGGAGGAAUGCAGACCGUUUGUGUACGGAGGCUGCGGCGGCUCCCAGAACCGAUUCUCCACCAGACACGAGUGUGAGAGCGUUUGUGGGACGCAGAAGAGAGCUCCAGAGAACCAGUCGGACUUAACAGGAGGCGUAUCCCCCAGCAGCAGCUGAAAAUGUUAACUGGUUUGGAAAGCAAUAAAGGAUGCAAAACUACCAGUUUAAGGAAAAUGCAUCUGGGAUCCCUCAGGGUUGAUUAUGAAGAUGGUAAACUGCAAAUUUGAUGCUGAUUUUUUGUACAUAUUGUGUAUUUUUUUUUUUAAAUCUUGCAUUGCUGUUUAUUUAUAGAUGUGAUGAUUAUAGCUGUUUAGAUAAACUGAAAGGAAAUGAAACUGUUGUGUCAUCAAAAGGAAUGUUAUCCAAAAAUGUAACUUGAAUACAGACAGAAUACAACAUUUACCUUU